ACGGAACGUGUGACUGGGUGUUCUCCAGCGAUACUGUUGAGCGUGGGCAGGAGUCCAUCUUUCUAUCUCUGGCUCACUGGUAUCCCCCAGGGACUUCCUGCUCCUAUUUAAUUCGCGGACGUGCCGACGAAGUAGUCAGGAUGUACUUUCCUUCCUUCCGUGUACGUCCCAUUGAGGCUCCCAUACGUCCGUAUGACGGAGACUGCGGGGAGACACUCAUCAUAUACGACUCUGAUCGUGAAGAUGACGCUCGUAUUAUGAAGAUGUUUUGCGAUACAUUUUCUCGGCCACUGGAGAAACAUGACUUCAUAUCAUCAGGAAGUGCAAUGUUCGUGAAGUUCGAGAGUCGUACAGGAAGUUACGAUGGGUCUUCGCUGUACUACUGGGCGCAGUAUGACUUCUUCAAUAACACACACUAUGGCAAGCCUGUGGAGGACACACUCUGUGAUGAACUCUUCGAGUCUUUCGUGAGACCCGAGGGAAAGUUUGGGUCGCCCCUCAACACACUGCUCUACAAGACUGACGAAGACGUCCUCUGUCGGUAUCAUUUCAAAGCUCCACGCUAUCAGUACCGCCGUAUACUUCUUACUAUUAAUUCCACAAACUUUAAACAUAAUGAUGACGACUGUAUGGACUGCCUGAACGACAAAGUUGACAAACUGAAGAUCAUCGAUCCAUUCCGAAAUGGCACCAAUGUUUGCAUUUGCGACAACUGGCUCGCAGGAAACCGUCUUCCCCCUAGUAUUGUCUCUAAUGGACCGUCUCUCACGCUAGAGAUGCACGUGGAUCACCGUCAUGCCAUGCAGAACUACUUCAAGUCAACCACACCAAUUUUUGAGGGUACAUACAAGUUCAUCCACAGUCCUAUCUGUGGCCCCACAGUCAUUCCAGCUUCUACCGAGGGUAAUAUAAUCUAUCCAAAAUAUGAACCAUACGUGUAUGGUGGCUAUGGAGAGGAUGUUCACUGUAUAUGGGAGCUGAGAGUGAAACAGGACCGAGAUGUGUGGCUCUAUGUCGACCAGCUCGACUUCUCUUUAAAUGAUUGUUCGCUGGAAGUUAUUGAAGUAUUUUUACCAGGAAGGGACCGGCCUGAGUUUACCAUCUGUGAGAAGGGAGACACAGUCGACGAGUCUAAGGCCAAUAUUCUUAAAGCUCGCGACCUGACAGAGGGCGCCAUAAUAAUUCAUUUUAAAUCCUCAGCGCCAGGUCACUCCAACUUCAAGUUGACUUGGACGGAGUUAUUCGAGAUUCCUAAGAACAGUGAUGGCACGGUCAUGACCUCCAAACUGAUGGCGCCCGGCGAGUGCGAAUUCGUGUGUCCCGGUCAAGCUGCUUGUAUCCAUGAUGAUCUGGUAUGUAAUGGCGUCCGCAACUGUCCAGGAAACAGUUCUGGGGCCGCUCAACAUGACGAGGCCCCAGAGAUCUGUUUCUCUCGUACAGGUUCUAAGUUCAACUACGUGGCACUGGGGCUAGGUGCCGCGGGUGGCACUGUAGUAGCCGUGGCUGUCAUUAUUCUCGUUUGCCGCAACUGUCGCAAGCGCCCUGACGAUAACACCUUCUAAGUGAACUAUGCAAAGCUUGGAAUCUACAACACAACUGCCAGAGACAAUCUGGGAGACCGAGAUCCCAGACACACGAUUACUGAACGUGUGCGUGUGAGAGAACAUAAAGUCUACGGGAAACACAGACUGCACAAGUUCACAAAUCUUGUAGUUAAACCCCCCAAUACAUUUUAUGGUGAGAGUUGAGUGUCAAGCUGGGAACGUGUAGUGAAAGACUGAGAUCAGUGUUGAUCAGUUUGCUUCCAUAAUGAGUAACACAGAAGAAUGAGGCCUUUGACGUCUCCUCAGUGACUAGCUGAACACAGCAGUACAGUUAUUAAUGGUAAUCAUCGAGUAGACACUACAGGACCAAGUGUGUGUGUGUGCGUUA